UUAGCUUUUCACUUUCACCGAGUCUAUGCGCCUCUCACGGACAGAAACACACACUUUGAAUGCAGAAUGUCUUGGACCAAUGGAAAUAACUACUAUCCAGCACAAACCUGGAAUCAGGAUUCUCAAAGAGCGUACAUAAUCCAGCAGCCCAUACCACAGCAACCAACGAUGAUUAUACAGCAGCUUCCAUCCGCGAUGCCUUCGGCCGCUCUCCCUUUCAGACCAGGACAUAUUAAAGAAGAUUUAGUGGAACUGAUGAUGAUUCAGAAUGCCCAGAUGAACCAGGUGAUAAUGAACAACAUGACCAUGUCUGCUAUGAGUGCUUUCGGAUACUCACAGCCAACACCACAGCCCAGUGCAGAGCCUUCGAGGGUUCCCAUAAUAGUGGAGGAGGAGGAGCCCGAGCCUGUGUAUCAUCAUCACUACGAGCCCCUGCCCUUUCCCACCUACCCGGCGUGGCUUCAGCAGCCUCAGAUGCCAGUGAGACAGAACCAAGAAGCUGUGGUCCGGCACGUGAACCACGUUCACCGUGCCUCUGUGGACAGAGACUUGAGAGCUGUUCCUCCUCCACCCCCUCCAAGUGCAACAAGAACAGUGGGAGCUGAUAUCCCCCCAGCUGCAGAAUAUUACGAUGCUACUGAAGGCAGGCUAUGAAAAGAAACCCACAUAUUGCACAGCUAGAGUUGAGAAGAUGCCCUGUGACCAUGAAUCAGUGCUGUUACAUGGAGCUGGGUGCUGUGAAUAGCUGCAUAUAAAUGCUGAUUUGUUAUACAGAAUAGUUAUAUAAAGGUUCAGCACAGGUUGCUGUCAUAUGCUGUAUGUUUAUCCAUUUAAAUAAAAAAAAUUAAAAAAAAGAAACAAUUAAUGAAAAACAAAGAACUCCAGGGACUUUACUGUAAGGAAAUUGAGCUAGUUUUGUAUCAGAUUUAUGAAUAAUAAUGUGUGGGCAACAUGCUUAACUUACAGAUUUGUAAAUUAAAACAUUCCACUAGUUUUAGGGCUGUCAAUUAGGCAGUUCAUUUCUUUGGAGAUACAUUUUUGUAAAGCAUGUUAAUGGCACUCCUCUGUUUUGACCGUCUAGCAUACCAUAAUUCAUUCCCUGCGACACCAUUUCAAUAUACUUGAGCGCAUGCAGCACAGUGAAUGCAGUCGGCAUUUUCAUAGGAACUUAAUCAUAUAACUGCAUUAG